AACACAGAUUUUUUAAAUCAACGCCAACUUUGAACGACAUACUAAGAGUUUGUUAACUAUUUAUUAUUUUUCAGUGCAUGAACAUUCGAUCUAACAUAAGAACAGAAAUGAAGUAUAAUGAAUUGUUUCGCAUCGUUCAAUUAUUUCUGCUUAUUGAUGUAACUCUAUCAAGUACAGUUUUUAUAUCCGAUUAUGGAAUGUCAAAAAUGAUAGAACUCAGCACCAAAAUGCCAUACUGUGUUGUUCAAAUUGACAGGGGGAAAAUACGAGAUAAAUUGCUAAGUUCUGAUCCCAGAAGAGUAAGGAAAAUGAGCGAUGACGCUGUAGAGAACCUAGCAAAAGUCUGUAAGGAAGAUAUAGAGUCACCAUUUCAAGGUGGCUUUAUUUAUCCAGGAACCAAAUGGUGUGGACCAGGAACUAUUGCUAACGAUUAUUCCGACAUAGGCUUCCUUUACAAAGAAGAUAUAUGUUGUAGAGAGCAUGAUCUAUGUACUAAAUCGUUAGCACCAGGUGAAUGUAAACAAGGAAUUUGUAACAAUUCUCCUUUUACGAGGUCCCACUGCGACUGUGACGCAAGUUUCAGAAAAUGUCUUCAAACUGCGAAUACCGAAAGCGCCAACACAAUUGGUGCCAUAUUUUUCAACGUCGUUCAAGUGAUUUGCUUUAAAGAAAGAACACCUUGCUCGCAAUGGCAAAGUUAUAAUGACAAUACAAUUACAAUAGAGGAUCCCGAGCAAUGUCCAGCCUAUUUCACAAAUUCUGAAAAGUUUGUUGCAAGUAAAGUCGAUGAUCUUAGUUAUGAGUGGGAGGAAAGGGCUCACAGAUUCAACGGCUAUUUAAGAAAAUGGCAUAUCUUAUCUUAUGCCCGCUAA